CGGGAGGAGGACGAAGGGCUCGUCCUUUCACCUCGGCGGGCCGCCUGGAAAAGCCUAGAAAGUGCGCCCCUUCUCUUCCGCCUCCGACCGCCCCCGUCGGCGGCCUGCGCGGAGCCCUCGCCACCAAUCGGCGCGCGCGCUGGAGUGGCCGCCCUCUCUCACGCUCAGGGCCCGCGUGCGCCUGCGCGCUGCGUGGCCUUUUCACGUGUCCCCAGCCGGCCCUCCGGACUCUCCUUGCAGCGGCGGCCCGAGUGCAGAGUCUGAGCUGCGGCGGCGCGAGUCAUGGCUGGACAAGCUUUCAAAAAGUUUCUACCACUCUUUGACAGAGUAUUGGUUGAAAGGAGUGCCGCCGAAACUGUGACCAAAGGUGGCAUUAUGCUUCCAGAAAAGUCUCAAGGAAAAGUAUUGCAAGCUACAGUAGUGGCUGUGGGAUCAGGCUCGAAAGGAAAGGGUGGAGAGAUUCAGCCGGUUAGUGUGAAAGUUGGAGACAAAGUUCUUCUCCCAGAAUAUGGAGGCACCAAAGUAAUUCUAGAUGACAAGGAUUAUUUCUUAUUUAGAGAUGGUGACAUUCUUGGAAAGUAUAUGGACUGAAAUCACUGAAAUGGUAUCACAUGAAGCUGCCCAUUCCGCCGACAUUCUGAACUAUUCAUCAUGUAAAUAAUUUCCGUGCCUCCCUUUUAUAAUAAACUGAUGAUGCCUAAACUAAUAA